AUGGCUGAACCUACAGUCCCAAAGUUGGCCGUGGGUAUUACGACACGGAAUUACUCGGAAACUGUCGGAAAUUCAGGAGCACUUGCAUCUAAACGGCUCCAACUGCAGAAGCGGCACACCCUCCCAGUAAUACGCAAUCCAGGCACAACACGCGAGAGGACCAUGCUCGUCCCCGAACGGAAAUUAUCUCGGACGCUCGAAAAACAGAAAGACGUGAAGCGGUUAUCUCCCUUGUCAGAUUGUAACUUUGACCUCGACGCGUGGAACUUUGAAGACGACGAACUUGAUUCAGCAAAACCUACGUGCUUUUCUUGCCAGAAUGUGUAUCUCUCAGCUUGCAGACGUGCGUCAGUCGUGACGUCACGACAAUUAUGGCGCCAGCUACAUAAGUCGUCUGUUCUACUUGACCACCACCAAAUCGGUCCCCUGGGAACAAAGGCCUUAGCUGUUGCACUUGUAUAUAAUUCAACAAUCACAAGUUUAGAACUAAGGGAGUGUCAUAUCCAACCAGAGGGUUUGCAGUACCUAUUGGAAGCCUUGGAGGAAAAUAGUUUUGUCAGCAUCCUGAAAGUACCUGGAAAUCACCUAAAAUCAGCCGGAGCACGUAUGAUAGGAAGGUUUCUGAAGACAAACAAAAGUCUGCGAAUCCUGGAUGUUGGUGAGAAUGAUUUUGAAGACCAAGAUGCUAGAUACUUUGCUGAGGGAUUACAGGAGAACCAGGGUCUUGAGGAAUUGGGGCUUAGCAAAAACAGAUUCCGAGAACAAGGCGGUGUUCUCUUAGAGAAGGCCUUGGCUAGAAAUUCCUCCCUGUUGAAGGUUGAUUUAAGCUGGAAUCAUUUAAGGCAUAUAGGAUCGGUGGCUAUUGCUAGAUUUUUGGAGUCCAACACAAUGGUGAAGACGUUGAAUUUGGCCUGGAAUGGAUUUGGUCUGGACGGCUGCUAUCAAAUGGCAAAAUCUUUAAAGCUGAAUAAAACACUAAUUGAACUAGAUCUGAGUUCCAAUCGGAUCAAUUUUGACGCCUUUUCUCUUCUCUUGAAUGGGCUUUCGCACAACAUAACGCUGGAAGUUUUGAGGAUUGGACAAAACCCUAUAACCUGUGAUGGAGCUGCGGCCAUUUUGCAAACCCUUCUACACCAGCCUACAUAUGGAAUUCAAGAACUUGACUUAUAUGACAUUUCAGUAGAUCAAAGGUUUCUAUCAGCUUUGAAAGACCUUCAAACACAGCGACCUGUUAAGGUCACGCACGGACAUAUCGUCAGUGGGUUGGACCCUCAAAUGUCACUGGGCCCUGAAGUGAUGAAUACAGAUGAUCCGCUCCUACUUCUAUUCGAGUACACAAAGGGACGUAACUUACGUCUGAUUGACCUCUUCAAAUCCUUGGAUAAAGACAAGAGCGAGACCAUCACUCGAGGAGAAUUCAGAAAUGGGCUCAAGAGUGUAGGUCUCACCCUUAGUAAUCAGUCCCUGGAUGUUUUGAUGCAACGCCUCGAUCUUAACAGAGACGGCCAUGUUGACUUCGAGGAACUUCUUGUCGGUCAAAAAGAUUACGCCCGAAAAGCGGCGAAAAGAAGACAGCGUGGGGAGGUCGACAUGACUGCGGCACUAUCGGAGUUGCUUAAAGAUAAGCUACGCAUGCGCAGUGGAACUUCGUGGAGACAGUCCGUGACCGGAAAACAAAUAUGA